ACAGGUUCAGCAGCAUGCAACCAAUCCUGCUUUGAUAUUAAAGUUAGAAAUGCUCAAGUAUGGAAGAUGUUGAAGAACUACUGGCAUUAUGGAUGCGGGAAAGCCAUGGCAUGACAUCCGAAAUUUAAACAGAAGCAACUUGAGAAUAGACUAUGUACUUCUGAACAAAACACUCUGCUGGAGAUUAUCAUUUAAUCUGUGGUUGAAUCCAUAUGGCGGAUCUGUGAAGAAAUUUGGCCUGAUCCUGCUAUCGGUAUGAAGUAACACCUCACCCCAAGACAUGGGAGCUAUCAUUAGACUGGGCAAUGGAUUUCUAGAAGCAAGUGCCAUGCCAUUAUCGUGUCAAACUUUUAAGAUCUGAAAAAUAACAUGCUGCCUCUCUCAGACCGAGUGAAGCAAGUGGCAAGAAGACAAUUGGUUCAUUCUGUUGAUUAGAAGAGCUUCAGGAACAAUGCCUUCAAAAGUCUCGUGUUUAUAUGUCUUGACAGUUGUAUGUUGGGCAAGUGCUUUGUGGUACUUAAGCAUAACACGUCCCACUUCCUCCUACACCUCAUCUUACACCGUUCAUAAAACUUAUGACAGCAUCUCAAUGGCUCGAAAAAAUGUUUCCUUUGGGAACAUAAGGACUCGACCCAUAAACCCUCAUUCAUUUGAUUUUCUCAUCAAUGAGCCAGAGAAGUGUGAGAAGAACGCUCCCUUUCUGGUUAUUCUAAUCAGCACCACACACAAAGAGUUUGAUGCUCGACAAGCUAUCCGGGAGACCUGGGGUGAUGAGAACAACUUCAAAGGCAUUAAGAUUUCCACACUUUUUCUUCUGGGGAAAAACACAGACUCUGUGUUAAACCAGAUGGUUGAGCAAGAAAGUCAAAUUUUUCACGACAUCAUUGUGGAAGACUUCAUUGACUCGUAUCAUAACCUGACCCUGAAAACAUUAAUGGGAAUGAAGUGGGUGGCCACAUUUUGUUCAAAAGCCAAGUAUAUCAUGAAAACAGACAGCGACAUCUUUGUAAAUAUGGACAACCUCAUUUACAAGUUGCUCAAACCGAACACCAAACCAAGACGAAGGUACUUUACUGGCUAUGUCAUCAAUGGAGGACCCAUCAGGGAUGUCCGGAGCAAAUGGUACAUGCCAAGGGACUUGUAUCCUGACAGCAACUAUCCGCCAUUUUGCUCAGGCACAGGCUAUAUUUUUUCUGCCGACGUAGCAGAAAUGAUUUACAAGACUUCCCUCCAUACUAGACUCCUUCAUCUUGAGGACGUGUAUGUGGGACUCUGUCUGCGGAAGCUUGGCAUCCAUCCUUUCCAAAACAGUGGCUUCAAUCACUGGAAGAUGGCCUACAGCCUGUGCAGAUAUCGGCGUGUUAUUACGGUACAUCAGAUAUCCCCUGAGGAAAUGCACAGGAUUUGGAAUGAUAUGUCCAGCAAGAAGCAUCUCAGAUGUUAGGACUUUUUGAGGUGUAAAUACUUUGGUUCUUGUUAUAUGAAUAGAGAGCAAACAGACAAUGGGGUGUUCACUUCUAUGAGGAAAGAAAUCUUAAUAAUAUUUUGGUUAGCUGGUCUCUCCAGCUAUAACUUCUGGUUUACAAACUGCAGGUCCUAACAUAAUGGUA